UGCACCAAUGGGGGAAAACUCCCAGCCUUCACAGAAAUGUAUCCAAAAAACCCAGCCUUCACACACUAUUGCUCCAUGUGAGACCUGUUUACAAUAACCUCUCUAACACUGAAUGUCUAGUGGUUGGUACUAAAUGGCUCAUGGGCUGUAUACAAUUAGAUUAAGUGGAAAGACUGUUUUAUGGAGCAGCAGCAUCCCCUGUAUAGGGAAGGGGGUUGGGGAUCGUUGCAGAAUGGAUCUGGGGAGAUGUCGGUGCAAAGCACGAGUGAGUGGGGACUUGUAACAACAGCUGGGUCCUACGUAGAUCAAAUGGGCGGGGGAUUAUGAGUGGCAUUUGCCAGUGUCACACAUUUGUUCAGUGAACGUACAUGUCUCGAUAUUGUACAAUUAUUUCCUACGUUAUUCUCUAUUUUUAUUGUAGGCCGAACGUGCUGUCGCUGCGUAUAGGGACUUGGUUACAGUGUUCAGUUUGUGCGUGCAUUUUUGUCGGCCUUGAGAUAUUAAUUUAGUGUCAGAUGCGGUAAAUUGAUGCAUCUGUCACAUUCGAAUGGUUCAUUGCAGAAUGUCGGAGCCAGGUGCGCCCGAGGCUUUCCUAGUGAAUGAUAAGGGUCGCUGAAUGGGUUACGGUUUGGGAGGCUGCGCUGUUCGAGAUUUCUUGAUCAUAUGAGGCAUGCUUCCGGGCGAGCGGUCAGAGACGUUACAGAGCGCACGGUGAACAGCCACAACGAUAGACCGAGCAUCGAUGCUUCGUGCAGUCAGGAUGGAGGAGUUUGUUACGGAGGAAGAUGAGCCAUGGUACGACCAACGCGAUUUGGAGCAGGACCUGCACCUGGCAGCUGAGCUGGGGAAGACCCUUUUGGAGCGCAACAAGGAGCUGGAGGACUCCCUACAACAGAUGUACAUAAACAAUGAGGAACAGGUGCAGGAGAUGGAGUACCUGUCCAAGCAGCUGGAGAUGCUGAGGGAGAUGAACGAGCAGCAUGCCAAGGUCUACGAACAGCUAGACGUGACGGCCAGAGAGCUGGAGAUCACCAAUGAGAAACUGGUUAUAGAGAGCAAGGCCUCGCAGCAGAAGGUAGACAGGUUGACGGGUACCAUGGAGACACUGCAGGCUCAGGUGGAUACCAUGACAGCUCGUGUGGAGGAACUACGUACACUAGAGGAGCUGAGGAACCACAGAGAGGAGCGGGAGCGACGCAAGACUGUCCACUCCUUCCCCUGCCUUAAAGAACUCUGCACUGCACCAAAAUAUGAGGAUGGCUUUCUGGUGGCCAACCCCGGCAGUGUGGACCUGGUGUCUGAGCGUGAGCGCCGGCCGCUGGACGAGGAGAACGAGCGUCUAAAAGGUGUGGUCUCCUCCCUGAGGUCCGCCAUGGUGGCAGAACGGGGCCGGAGGGAGGGGGCAGAGAGGGAGUGCACAGCUGUGCUGCAGGAGUUUGAGCUUAUGGAACAACGCCUCCUGGGUGCUGAGGGCUGCCAGCUGCGAGUGCAGGAGCUGGAGGCGGAGCUUCAGGAGAUGCAGCAGCUGAGGAGGUCCCGGGUCUGUCUGUUGGAUGAGGGUCUGGAGCAGACCCUGCUCAACAAUGCCCCCGAGACCGACACACCCGAGGAGGGACCGGGGAAAAAGGAGGGAGGGGAGGGGACGGGGGAGUCCGGGGGGACAGGAGGAGGGGGGCAGCAGGGAGGCCCAGUGAGGAAGAGCUGCAGCGACACGGCGCUCAACGCCAUCUCGGCCUGCGACGCCUCUGGCAGGCGUCAGGGCAGCUACGCAAUCCACGCCAACGGCGUGCGCAAGCGGGGCAUGUCCAUCCUGAGGGAAGUGGACGAGCAGUACCACGCCCUGCUGGAGAAAUACGAGGAGCUGCUGGGGAAGUGCCGGCGCCACGAGGAGGGCAUGUGCCACGCGGGGGUGCAGACGUCACGCCCUGUCUCCAGAGACCCCUCCAUGAAGGACUACAGCUUGGCCACCCCCAGCCCCUCAGCCAUGGCUGCUGCACCCCCCACCCCGCCCCAGACACCCUCCACUCCAGAGGCCCUGGAGGGCAUCAGCCGGCAGGUAGACCAGGUGGACAAGAGGCUGGGCCAGAACACCCCAGAGUACAAGGCCCUGUUCAAAGAGAUCUUCUCCCGCCUGCAGAAGACCAAGAGUGAAGUGAACUCCACCAAGGGAGUCCCCAAGGGUAGAAAGUCCCCACGGGUUGGAAGUCCUAAGGGAAGAAAGUCCAAAGACAAAUGAGCUGCUUUCGUGAUACUAGUGAACAUGCACUGAAAACAAUGGGUACAAAAGCCACAGAUUUUCUUUCUGAAUUAGUUUCUCUUUGUUUGACCGUGUUUGUUGAAAUGGGUCACUUGAUGACAGGUUACCUGUACUUCUGCACUGGGGAAAUGAUACCAUCUACUGUGGAUGAUCCCUCAGCUGUUUUAUCCAUCUCUCUGGACACUGACACGUUUUAUCCAUCUCUCUGGACACUGACACGUUUUAUCCAUCUCUCUGGACACUGACACGUUUUAUCCAUCUCUCUGGACACUGACACGUUUUAUCCAUCUCUCUGGACACUGACACGUUUUAUCCAUCUCUCUGGACACUGACACGUUUCAUCCAUCUCUCUGGACACUGACACGUUUUAUCUAUCUCUCUGGACACUGACACGUUUUAUCCAUCUCUCUGGACACUGACACGUUUUAUCCAUCUCUCUGGACACUGACACGUUAUAUCCAUCUCUCUGGACACUGACACGUUUUAUCCAUCUCUCUGGACACUGACACGUUUUAUCCAUCUCUCUGGGCACUGACACGUUUCAUCCAUCUCUCUGGGUACUGACACGUUUUAUCCAUCUCUCUGGACACUGACACGUUUCAUCCAUCUCUCUGGGUACUGACACGUUUCACCCAUCUCUCUGGACACUGACACGUUUCAUCCAUCUCUCUGGACACUGACACGUUUUAUCCAUCUCUCUGGACACUGACACGUUUCAUCCAUCUCUCUGGACACUGACACGUUUCAUCCAUCUCUCUGGACACUGACACGUUUUAUCCAUCUCUCUGGACACUGACACGUUUCAUCCAUCUCUCUGGACACUGACACGUUUCAUCCAUCUCUCUGGACACUGACACGUUUUAUCCAUCUCUCUGGACACUGACACGUUUUAUCCAUCUCUCUGGACACUGACACGUUUUAUCCAUCUCUCUGGACACUGACACGUUUUAUCCAUCUCUCUGGACACUGACACGUUUCAUCCAUCUCUCUGGACACUGACACAUUUUAUCCAUCUCUCUGGACACUGACACGUUUUAUCCAUCUCUCUGGACACUGACACGUUUCAUCCAUCUCUCUGGACACUGACACGUUUUAUCCAUCUCUCUGGACACUGACACGUUUCAUCCAUCUCUCUGGACACUGACACGUUUUAUCCAUCUCUCUGGACACUGACACGUUUCACCCAUCCCAAUAUGAAUGAAUUGUACAGCUGAUGACAUUAAUCAUCUGGGUAGAUGAAAUGCCUUGAUUCUUGACCUAAUUUAAGAUAAUUUGACAACCUAGUCGUGCACUAAAAUCUGUUUGCCCUGUCUUUGUUCAAGACAAUCCGGUACAAUAUUUAAAUGACUGGGCGUGUAUACUGAGACUGCACUAAUUCUAUUUAGAAUGUAUAAAUAAUUGCUAUUUAAUGUUUUUGAUGACUGACAAUGAAUAAUAUGUGCAGAGCGAUUCAUAAAAUGUUUUCAAAAACAA